AUGAGAGUUAAACCAGUGAUACUAUUACGUGUAAUAAAAGUACUUGGCGAAGUAUCAGGAAUUUGGCCAAUUUUUGACUCACAAGUGUCGAUAAGAGUUAUAAAGGAAUUAGUAUGGUUUGUGUCGAUAGUUAAUAUCACAUUGAUAAUAAUUCCUACGAUAUUACGUAUACAUAAAGAUAUAAACGAAAAUCAACCAUUAAAUGCACUUCAUUCUCUAAGUGCACUGCCGGUGUAUUCAGAAACAUUUGUCAAUCUUAUAAUAUGGAAGUAUAACAAGAGUCAAAUUCAGGGAUUAUUAGUGGAAAUGUUUGAUCACAUAAAAUCAGUAAACGGCAGAGAUAAAAAUAUUUUAAGUAAAUCAAUAAACCAUCACCUGCCUUUGUAUAUAUUUGUGGUAGUAUUUUGUACAAUAGCGUGUGUUUCUCAUCUAAGCGUUCCGAUUUUUACGCCUAAAAAAUUAUUACCUUCCAUAGCUUAUUAUCCAUUUUCUAUUGAACAAUAUACAACCACAUAUUACUUAGUUUACACUCAGCAAGCGAUAGCUAAUUUACAAUGUGGAUUACAUCACACUGUUCCUCCAAUUAUAAUCGCAAUACUAUUGUCUUAUGUAACAGUAAAACUAAAAGUACUAUCAUUAGCAUUAAAAAAUGUUGACAAUGUUGAUCAGUUCAAUAAUUGGAUACGACAACAUCGAGAUUGUAUACGGUAG